AUCGUCUGAACACAGUGCAUCUGUCAACAAGCUUGUAUCUUUCAGCCAGUGUCUGCAGAUACAACCAUUUCACCUGCCGUCUGUAAACGGAGACCAGAUCCAGCACGACGUCAUCUCGACUAAAGACAAACCAGUAUGUCCAGCAUCAUGAAAGUGUUUCUGCUCUUCGCUGCUGUCAUGUUCUGCAUCUCUGAGGCUAAAUUCGAUGACAAAGGGCAGAAUUGUCUGUGUCGAAGCACAAGGGAUAAACUUAGUGCCGGGAAUAAAGUAAAAGACAUCCAGAUCUACCCUAAAACAGUCUUCUGUGACAACGUUGAGAUUGUUGUCACCGACCAAAACGGCCUUCGCUUCUGCCUGAACCCCAACGUGAAAGUAGUGAAGAAACUCAUAGCGCGCAUCAUGUCCGCGAAGAGAAGUCGCACUACUGCAGCCACCCCUACCAGCAGCUCCUUGGCUCAGUAAGAAGAACAGAUGACCUCUGACCUCAGACACAUGCACCUUUGUUGAAUGUAGACGUUAAAUGAAAGCAAAAAAGCUGGGAAUUACAACUCUGUGACUACUUUGCCUAUUUAUCUUCUAUUUAUACUAAUGGGAUCUUAUUGAAUGUACUAUAGAAUGUGCCACUUUUUUAUGUCCUUGUUUUUGUAAAUAGAUUUAAUAUAUUAUACAUUUUUCUGCAGUUUGCUUUUUUUUUAUCCUGCUUAAUAAUAAUAAAAAUCUGUCA